UUUUUGCAAAAAGCUCUCAAUUAACUCUGCAACUUUAUGGUUAACUCCCGUAGAAGUGAGUGACUGAAUGAGAGAGAAACUCCAAAAUUAGGGAUUCAUCAUUGUUACUUCAAGAUCAUCGUUAGUUCGAUGUUGCUAAUUUUUGCUUAUCUUGAUGUUCAUAUUAUUCUUCUAAACUCUCGUUGUUUUGUAAACCAAGGUCUGUUAAAAUUGUACAGUUUCCAGCCCUAUAUUUCUUCUUGAUCAACGUUCUAAUGUCGGUUUGAUAAUGGCCAAGUCUGGAAGUAAGAGCUCAAAGAGCCGGCUGAGGUACGGCGGUGGUGGGAGCAAGCAGGUAAACAAUCAAAACCACAUUACACCGCCGCCGGCGGAGGUCAAGGAUAACAGAUACGUAUUUGCCACGGCGACACCUAACUCUGCUCAAUAUCCUAACACUAAACAUUAUAUUCCACCAAUUCAUCCUCCAUAUUACCGGUACCCACCACCGCCGCCUGCAACACCCUUUCCUGCACCAUAUUAUGACCACCACCGCAUGGCUAUGGACCCAGUAAAACAGGUGUUGGUCGGUGGUAGGUAUCCUUGUGGGCAUGAACAGAGUGUGUCUAUAAAGAACGAGAUUAAUAUAAAGAAAGAAACCUUGAAGAUCAAGCCCGAUCAAGAAGACCCUGAAAGAUACCUUGUUGAAUUCACUUAUGAUGCCUCUAUUGCUGGCAGAAUUACCCUUCAUUUCUUUGAAAAAUGGGGAGAAAACUAUAACAUGAAUCCAACAGAAGAGCUGCUUCCACCAAUCACAGUGGUUUUCCAACAAGGUUUGGGCCAGAAAUAUGUACAGGAAUCCAGAACUGGAAUAAACCUUUCGGUAUAUAAGGUAGGUAUACCAGAGGUAUAUCAUUUAGGGAUCAAGGCACAAGCAACUCCAUGCAUAUCACAAGAUGGAAGUUCUAAUAGUGGAACUACUAUCUUCCAAUUAACUUUAGCAGUGUUUGAGAAGAAGAAAGGUGAAUGCCAGAUUAGGGUUACAAACCAGAUCUUAUGGGUGAAUGGAGUGGAGUAUGUGUUGCAUGAUAUCUGUGGAUUUGGUAAUUUUGUGGAUGGUGGUGAUUUUGAUUUGAAUGCUCUUGUUAAAAAAUGUUUCCUCUGUUUAUCAACAGUUCAUGACACUACUCUCCUCUCUAGCCACCAUCAUAUUGCUCCACAAUUGCACCACAAUCCUCGGCGUAUUUAUGAAAUGCCAAAAAAUCCAGCUAACCUUUGUGUGAACUUGAAUGAACGUAGAAUUGGCAAGUUGUUGUUUUAUAAUAAAGAAAUUGGGAGGGGGAGUAAUGGGACAAUUGUAUUGAAGGGUUAUUAUGAUGGCAGGGAGGUUGCUGUGAAAAGGAUUGUGAUGGAACAUUAUGAUGUUGCUCUGAAAGAGAUACAAAAUCUUAUUGUAUCUGAUCAACACCCUAAUAUUGUGAGGUUGUAUGGUGUGGAGUAUGAUCAAGAUUUUGUUUAUAUUGCUCUCGAGAGGUGUGUAUGUAGCUUACAUGAUUUGAUAUUAUCACUUGCUAAUUCGAGUGUUGAAUUGCAACCGAUGAUGAAAGUUUUUAAGGAUUUGAAAUUAUGGGAGUGCAAUGGGUACCCUUCACCGCUAUUGUUGAAAGUAAUGAGGGAUACAGUUAGAGGACUUGUACAUUUACACAAACAUAGAAUCAUUCACAGUGACUUAAAGCCUGAAAAUAUCUUAAUACACAAAGACACAUCUAUUAGUGCAAAAGUCUCGGAUAUGGGCAUUAGCAAACGCCUAUCCACCGGCAAAUCUUCUUUAACAAAAAGCACAACAGGCAUUGGGAGCUCUGGGUGGCAACCACCUGAGCGACUUUUGAAGAAAGAAGGACAAACGAGUGCUGUGGAUUUGUUCAGUUUAGGGUGUCUGAUUUUCUUUUGUAUAACUCAUGGUCGCCACCCAUUCGGUAAGGAUGAGGAUGGGCGUGAUGGAAGAAUUAAGAAAGGGGAGAAAAGUAUGUCAUUGGUAAAAAAAUAUCCUGAAGCCCAUGAUCUUAUCUCUCGUCUCCUAGAUCCCGAUCCUAAAUCCAGACCAAAAGCCGUAGAAGUGUACCACCACCCUCUCUUCUGGGACCCUGAUACCCGUCUCUCCUUCCUCCGAGACGCAAGUGACCGCAUAGAGUUAGAAGACCGCAAAAACGAUUCUGAUAUCCUAAAAUCACUCAAAAGCAUCGGUGAUUACACAAAUUGGGACAAAAAAUUACACAAGAGACUCAUAAAAAACAUUGAACAUCACAGAGAAUACAACUAUGACGACGUAUGUGAUUUAUUACGAGCCAUAAGAAACAAAUAUAAUCACUAUGGACAACUCUCGAAAAAACUGCAACGUAUGUUGGGGGAGGUCCCCACAAAAUUCGAUGGAUAUUUUAGCAGCCGGUUUCCGAAACUUGUUAUAGAAACAUAUAAUGUUUUGAAAGGGUAUAGUGUGGAAGGAGAGAUUCUUCAUAAGUAUUAUAAACAAUAUCAAUUUUAAUUUGUAAAAGUGUUGUUGAAUGUCGAUGAUGGUCCAUUGUCAUGAAAUGUGACAUGUAUAUUGUUUCUAUAUAGUGUGGAAGGAGAGAUUCUUCAUAUGUAUAUAUGAUAUUUAAGUUGCUUUGUAA